AUGAAGAACAAAUUAAUCGUCUUUCUGACUCUUCUUAGCCUAUGCAUCGGAAAUACAAUCGGAGUAAGUAAACUCGUGCUCAAGAACGAACUCACCAAUAAUAGAAUUCUCGCGGUGCGUUGUAAAUCCAAGAACGACAACCUUGGUGACCAUUAUUUGAGCGUCGGCCAAAGCAAGCCUUUUGAAUUUAACGACAACGUUUGGAAGAGGACGCUUUUCUGGUGUCGUAUGUGGAAAGGACCUAACUACAAGAUUCACCAAGUGUUUGAUGCAUACAGAUCUAAGUGGAAAAGAGAUACCGGGCCAACGUACUAUUGGAUAGGAAGAGAAGAUGGGAUCUACUUUAUGCAAGAACCCUAUCCUAAACCUCCCGUGAAAAAAUAUGAUUGGAAUCUUACGGCUCCUUAA